CCGAUCCCCACUUAAGCUUCCUGUCUCGGCGGCCGUCUCCUCCCUUCUCCUCAUCCGGCCUCCCCAGCUCCCACUCCACCUGGCCCCGCCACUGAUUCAGAGUCCGCCAUUGAUGGACUACGAGCGCAUCCACGAGCCGCUCUCUCGUCAGUCCGGUGGAUUCUCUCCAGCUAAGCUACGAGCAAUGCUUCGCGGGCUAGAGAAACAGCGCAGCGGCGAUGACACAUCACCAGAGGCCAACGACUCCGGCGAGCUCGACGACCGAAGGAGCUUGGAAUGCUCCACCUCCAUGUCGAGCAACAGUGGUCACAGAUCAAGAAACCCAGCUCCGGACGACGAUAGCUUCGACUCCGAGAGCAGCUCAUCGGGACCGCCGACUGUGAAGAGGUCCGCGGCGGUGGCUGCGCUGCUGCCGUUCUCCCGGCCAACUCCUUCGAAGUGGGACGACGCCGAGAAGUGGAUUUCCAGCCCGACGUCAAACCGUACAGGCCGCGCGGGGCCUGCCACUGGGACUGUGCCAAAGAAGUCGUCAUUGGCAUUUCCUGAACAUGGAGGCCGCCCACCAGCCGUUGCUAAGGCGGUCGCGGAUGUGCCCAUUAGCACUGGACCCUUGGUUAAGAAUUCAGAUGGUCUCACUCAGUCUGAUUUAUCUAAACCUGCACAAAGUCCUCCAAUAGUCGACGAACCAGAGGCUGCAAUUAGGUCAGUCUCGAUGAGGGACAUGGGAACAGAAAUGACUCCAAUUGCGAGCCAGGAGCCUUCUCGGACUGGGACGCCUAUCAUUGCAUCUAGUCCAACAUCCUCUCGGACACCAACUCCGCAACGUACUACUGAAUUCAGUUUAAGUAAUAUUGAUUCUAACAAGAAGGAGAUGUCUGAGGUGGAGCUACAAAUGAAUACGAGACAGGAAAUUAUGGAUCUUGGCCAAAGGUUAGGCAAGACUACUAUAGCUGCAUGGGCAAGUAAGGAAGAGAAAGCCGCUGCACAUUUCACAAGUAGUACAACCGAUAAGGUUGUUGAUAUCAACAGGGAGGCUCGAGCUACAGAUUGGCAGGAGGCAGAGAAGGCAAAGUAUCUUGCAAGGUUUCACAGGGAGGAAGCAAAGAUCCAAGCUUGGGAAAAUCACCAGAAAGCGAAAAUCGAAGCUGAAAUAAAGAGGAUAGAGGCCAAGAUUGAACGAAAACGGGCGUGCGAGCAGGACAGGCUCGUCAACAAGCUGGCAGCAGUAAGCCACCGAGCAGAGGCAAAGAGGGAGGCCGCGGAGGUGAGGAGGAGCCAAGAGGCAGCGCGGACAGAAGAGCUGGCAGCUCAGAUCCGAGAAACCGGGCACGCGCCUUCCUCGUUCUCCUGCUGGUGCUGGUGCCUCUGAAUCAUCACCUCGACUGCUCAGUCGCCUAUAGCAUGAUCCGUCGUGUCUGGGUGAGGUAGAAAAUUUGUUGGCCGCACGACCUUGUAAUGCAAUGCCAUGGGCUCAUCUUUCUCAGCAAGGAAUGCGAAGUGUUUGUCGUC